AUGGAUUCUUAUCCAUCUUCCCAGACCUCAAAAUUUGUUGAACUACUAAAUAGUCAACAAAGCAUUUCAUUUGGUAACUAUGAGGACAGUGUCUCAUUAUCCUCAUCACAAGCUCCGUAUCUACGCAAUCUAGGAACCGAAGAUGGUGGAGAGACUGAAAUCAGGCGCUUUCUGGACAAGAGUAGCAGCUUACUUUGCAGCGAGUCAGAAGGUCUCUGGUUGCGACGAGAGACUGGUUGCGACGAGAGAGAGGCAAGUCAUUGUAAGCAGAGAUUGCACAGGAUAAAUGACCUCGUCUGCAAGUUCUGUGGAGCCUACGAAGCUGCAACAAGGGAGAGAAGUAGUGGCCAAAACGAGAAUGACGUGUUGAAGCUUGCUCAUGAGAUAUUUUACACCAACCAUAAGAAGAACUUUAGCUUGGAACAUGCUUGGAAGGAGCUGAAGAACGACCAGAAGUGGUGUGAGCUUGCAUCUGCUAAAAAAGUUGGAAGCUCUAAAAAAAAGUGUGAGGAUGGUGCAGAUUCUUCAAGCUCUCGAGCUACUGAGACUGUGCGUCCACCUGGUGUUAAAGCCGUAAAGGCUGCUGGUAAGAAGACAGUGGUUGAGGAUAAUUCGCUGAAGAAGUUUAAGACAAUGUGGACCAUAAAACAACAUGACUUGGCCAUGAAAGAACGGUUGUCUAAGAUGAGUCUUCUGGACAAUUUAAUUGCCAAAAAGAACCUCUGGCUGAUUAUAAAGAAGCCCUCAAGAAGAAGCUCAUCAAUGACUUGUUGUCUAAUUAGUCUUAGUGUAUCUGUUUCAAGUGCUCUUUAA